AUGUACACCCUGCCCCAGAUAUUAAGCGACGAGCUGGAGAGCAAGCGACGCCUGAUUGCCGACAACGCUAGAUACGAACGAAUGCGCGAAAUGAUUGAAGGGAAGUGGAAGACGACAGCUCGCAACAACAACGGAAAGUUCUUCUGUGUGGCUAGACAGUCGCGCUUCCGCAACCCGAGCAACCCGAGUGGAAAGUUGCUCCUCGAAGGAGUCGCCAAGGCAAAGAUAGAAGAUAAGGCAGAGAUAAUUAGGGAGGCGCCGGCAGUACGGGUGUUCGGAUCUCCUGAGUUGAAGAAGCUAUUCAACAACGACAUGGAGAUGGAAUUGACAGACAAGGUCAUCAAGGAUCUGAAUGAUCACCCAUAUCCUUGA